GGACCUAAUUUGGUGUUGCUAAAAAUAGAGUAAACGGACUGUUACUAUUUCUGUACUCUCGGAUUUGUGGAUCUACUAUAAAAGAGACACCACUGUUGACAAUAAUGGCUGAUCGUUAUAAUAUUCACAGCCAACUUGAACACUUGCAGUCAAAAUACGUGGGGACAGGACAUGCAGACAUGACCAAAUAUGAAUGGUUAAUUAACCAGCAUCGUGAUUCGUAUGCUUCAUACAUUGGCCAUCACCACAUGAUGGAGUUCUUUGCAAUAGCAGAGAAUGAGUCAAAAGCAAGGAUCAAGUUUAAUUUUAUUCAGAAAAUGCUUCAGCCUUGUGGACCACCACCAGAAAAGCCAAAAGAAGACUAGAAAAUAAAAAUAAUUUUUUAAAAAUUUCAUCACAAAACUGUAAAAAUAAC